AUAUUGCACAAUCAUUUCGAGUGACACAACUGCAAAUUACUACUUUUUAGGAAGCAGGCCAUAUAGAAAGGAUAUGGCUAAGGGAUCAAAGGAUCGAUCUUUGGAGCAAACACCGACUUGGGCGGUUGCAGUGGUCUGUUUUGUGCUGGUUUUGAUAUCAAUUAUCAUCGAAUACAUCCUUCACUUAAUUGGAAAGUGGCUAACAAAGAGAAACAAACGAGCUCUUUAUGAAGCACUUGAAAAGAUUAAGUCAGAACUUAUGCUACUGGGGUUCAUAUCGCUGCUCCUAACGGUAGGACAAGGAACUAUUGCGGGAAUAUGCAUAUCAGAGAAGAUUGCAGCAACCUGGCACCCAUGUGGGAAGAAACAAGAAAUCAAGUAUGUUUCUAAUGAAGAAGAUUAUGGCAAGAGAAGGCUUCUUGAAAUUUCAGAUUCCGAUGGAAGUAAUCGACGUGUGUUAGCGGCCGCGGGAGAUGACAAAUGUGGAGAGGGUAAAGUCCCGUUUGUCUCCAAUUAUGGGAUCCACCAACUUCACAUAUUCAUCUUCGUUCUUGCUGUUUUCCACGUACUUUAUUGUAUAAUCACAUUGGCUUUGGGCAGAGCUAAGAUGAGGAAGUGGAAGGCGUGGGAAAUGGAAACAAGAACAGCCGAGUACCGGUUCGCAAACGAUCCAGAGAGAUUUAGGUUUGCAAGAGACACCUCAUUUGGGAGAAGGCAUUUGCACUCCUGGAGCACCUCCCCAGUUCUCCUUUGGAUUGUGUGUUUCUUCAGACAAUUUGUCAGAUCAGUUCCCAAAGUUGAUUACUUGACCUUGCGCCAUGGGUUUAUCAUUGCACAUUUGGCACCCGAGAGUCAUACUAGAUUUGAUUUCCAGAAAUACAUCAAGAGAUCACUCGAGGAGGAUUUCAAAGUUGUAGUCGGUAUCAGUCCAAUAAUCUGGUUCUGUGCUGUACUCUUCCUACUAUUCAACACCCAUGGUUGGCAUUCUUAUCUAUGGUUACCCUUUAUCCCACUAAUUAUCAUCCUGAUGGUGGGGACAAAACUACAAGUUAUCAUAACAAAGAUGGGGCUGAGAAUACAGGAGAGAGGAGAGGUGGUAAAAGGAACCCCAGUGGUGGAGCCUGGUGAUGAUCUUUUCUGGUUCAACCAGCCACGUCUCAUUCUCUACCUGAUUAACUUUGUUCUCUUUCAGAACGCAUUCCAGGUUGCCUUCUUUGCAUGGACCUGGUAUGAGUUUGGCUUGAAAUCUUGUUUCCACGAAAGGAUAGAAGAUGUGGUCAUCCGCAUAUCAAUGGGAGUCAUAGUACAAAUACUCUGCAGCUAUGUGACUCUUCCUCUGUAUGCCUUGGUUACACAGAUGGGAUCUACCAUGAAGCCCACCAUCUUCAAUGACAGAGUGGCGAAAGCUCUGAGAAACUGGCACCACGCUGCAAGGAAGCACAUAAAACAGAGCAAGCAAUCAAGCGCUGUGACCCCUGUAUCAAGUAGGGCAGGCACUCCCUUUUCAAGUAGGCCAGGCACCCCCUUACAUGGCAUGUCCCCUGUUCAUCUACUCCGCCACCACCGCAGUGAGCUCGACAGUGUUCAAACAUCUCCUAGAAUGUCCAAUUUUGACAAUGAAGGUCCGGAGACAGACGAGUAUCGCCACCGUGAGGAUAUAUCAUGGUCAGAACAUCAUAGAAAUCCUGGUCCAGAAGAAGAGGGGAGGGACACAAAUCAUAGGAUCUUGACCCGUACCAUGCCAGCUCCUCAAGCUGACAAUGCUCAGCACGAAAUUGACAUUCAGCCCAUGGACUUUUCAUUCGAUAAAAGAGCAAGAACUUGAAUAGAGUGAUGAAGAUUGGAUUGAGGAAGCAAAGAUGACAACAAAACCCAUCCCUGGUUGUAUAGUGGAUACAAUGUUGAACUUGCACCUUGGCCUUGUAUUUUUUUUUUUUUUUGAGGAUCACUCGUAUAGCUGUGGGCAACGAAUUUUUCUGAAAAGUAACUCUUGUAGUUCUGUAAGUUUUAAAUUUCGUUGUACCGUAUAUCAUAAAUUGUGAGCAGUCAAAUUCUUACAUGAGUUCUCGUGUAAGAAUCAACUAAAUGCCCAAAAUCAAGCCAAUGCUUUCACCA